UUCUCGCGCACCGUCCACCCACACCCGCCUGUCAGCCAUGUUGUUCGUGUGACCCAGCUGUCAGCAACAGGUCCAGUUGACUAAACUAGACAUUCUUCUCGGAAUUACCUCAUUUUGCCAAUACGCGACGACUGCAUAACGCCAGAGACUUUCAUUGCGGACAGAAAAGUGGAGAAAGUAGUUGUUGUUUUUUGCCGGAUGAUUGAGAGAUGACUGCGAGCUAGCCGGCUGAGUAGAAGAACGGGAGUCCCCCCCCCCCCGCCCGCCUCCUCUGCCACCUGCAGCCAUGAAUGGCGGCCGCAAUGUGUGGGCUAUCUCUCCAGAGGAGAGGGACAAACAUGAUAAACAGUUUGACACCCUCUCUCCCGCGACGGGCUUCGUCUCAGGGGAGCAGGCCAGGAAGUUCUUCCUGCAGUCGGGUCUUCCCUCCUCAGUACUGGCAGAGAUAUGGGCCCUGGCUGACAUGAAUAAGGAUGGGAAGAUGGACAGGUUGGAGUUCUCCAUCGCUAUGAAGCUCAUUAAGCUCAAACUUCAGGGCACACCCCUUCCCUCAUCUCUACCAAUCAUCAUGAAGCAGCCGCCAGUGCCCGCCCCUUCCUCAACAGGCGCCAUGUCCUCCUCACGCUAUGGAAUGGGCUCCAUGCCAAACCUGUCGAUGAUGCCUGGAGCCAUCGCCAUGCUCACCCCCAUCCCCAUGACAUCCAACUUCGCAUCCAUGACCCCUAACCUCUCAUCCAUGACCCCUAACCUCUCAUCCAUGACCCCUAACCUCUCAUCCAUGACCCCUAACCUCUCAUCCAUGACCCCUAACCUCUCACCCAUGGCCCCUGUGACUGGCCUCACUCCUAUGGUCCCAAUGGCAACAGGCAUGGUCCCCCUGGUUGCCACGUCAACAAUGCCCCUGCUGCCGUCCCUGGGCAGCCCCGCUCUCCCCAAUGGCACUAUGGGUAUCCUACAGCAACUUCCACCAGGACACAUGGGGACAGGCCUGCCUCUCUCUGUGUCCUACACCUCUCCUCUGGGUUUCUCUCCUGGGAUGAACAAAGCUACGUCACUGCUGGACCUAGGCUCAAGCAGCUCCAACUCUUCAUCCACCACCUCCCUGGCAGGAAGUUCUCCUAAGACGGCGCCCUCUGACUGGGCCGUGCCUCAGGCCUCGCGCCUGAAAUACAGACAGCAGUUCAACAGCCUCGACAAACACAUGACGGGAUACCUCACAGGUCAGCAGGUGAGGAAUGCCAUGGCAACCACUCUGCUCACUCAGACACAGCUGGCCACCAUCUGGACCCUGGCCGAUGUGGAUAAGGAUGGGAAGCUAAGAGGAGAGGAGUUUAUUUUGGCCAUGCAUCUAGUGGACAUGGCCAAGACCUCCCAACCCUUACCUCUCACACUACCCAUAGAACUAAUACCACCAUCACAGAGGUACACACACACACAAACAAACCCCUACCUAACCCUUCUCCUCUCUCUUUCUGGAAGGGGUGCCGUGAAUGGGACCAGUUUAUCUCUCUAUGCUGGCAUCACUGAAGAACUGGAGGCUGAGCCACCACAGAAACCCAAAAGCAACUUAUCGUUUGAGGAUAAAUUCAAGGCCAACCUGGAGCGAGGGAACGCGGAGCUGGAGAAAAGACGACAGGCUCUGCAGGACACACAGAGGAGAGAGGAGGAGAGACGCCAGCAGAAGGAGAGAGAGGAGCGAGAGAGGAGAGAGCGGGAGGCCAGAGAGCAGGAGGAGAGGAGAAGGAAGGAGGAGGAGAGGAGGCUAGAGCGACAGAGGGAGCUGGAGAGACAGAAAGAGGAGGAGAGGCUGAAGGAGAUUGAGAGAAAAGAGGUGGCGCAGCGUGAGUUGGAGCGCCAGAGGAAAGAGGAGUGGGAGAGGAGGAGGAGAGGAGAGCUGCUGAGCCAGAAGAGUCAGGAGCAGGAAGACAUCGGCAGACUAAAAACCAGGAAGAGGAACCUGGAGAUGGAGCUGGAGGCUGUGGGUAACAAACACAGGCAGAUCUCUGAGCGGCUGCAUGAUGCUCAGAGCAAGAGGAAGGUGCAGCGGAGCGAGCUGGAGCUGACCAACCAGAGACGAGACACAAGCAGACUGGACAUAAACUCCCUGCAGAGACAACUAGAGGAGUACCAGAGGAAGCUGUCCCAGCUGACUCCAGAACAGCAGAGGCUCAGUGACAAACUGAGGAACAUGGCCCUCAACAACCUGCCUGUCUCCACCAUGUCCACACUGAAGCGCAGCGCCAGUGAGAAGGACGGAGUGUGUCGCAAACUGAAGCAGCAGCUGGAUGCUCUGGAGAACGAGACUGCUGCUAAACUGGCCGACAUGGACCAGUACCAGAACGACAUACAGGAUCUGAGAGAGAGCCAGCGGAAGCAGCAGUCGGCUCUGGAUAAACUACGGAGCAUCAAAGAGGACAAACGGAGAGAACUGGAGAGACAGAGGGCGCAGGAGGAGGAGAGGAAGAGGAGGGAGGAGGAGGAGGCCCAAAGGCGCAUUAAGCUGGAGAAGGAGCGUCAGUGGCAGAAGAAGCUGCAGAGAGAAGAGGAGGAGAGACAGAUGAGGUUGCAGGAAGAGAGGGAGGCCAAACUGAGAGAGGAGGAGGAGAAGGAGGAGAGGAAGAGAGUGGAGGAGGAGAGGAGAAGGCAGGAAGAGGUGGACAGGAAGAGGCGCGAGGAGGACAGGAAGAGAUCUGCGGCGCUCACUUCCUUCCGGGCGCUCUACCCUUUUACAGCUCGCAACCAGGACGAACUCAGCUUCGAGGCCGAUGAGCUCAUCGAGGUGGAUGAGAGUACGGAGCGGGAGCAGGGUUGGCUGUAUGGCUGUCGGCAGGGGAAGAUGGGCUGGUUCCCAGAGAGCUACGUGGAGAGACAGGCCAAACCAGAGACACCUGCUGUUAUUAAUGCAACUCCAGCUGCCACUACCACUGCUGUUGCUACUACUGCUGUUUAUGCUACUGUUGCUAAACAGGCCCCCAGACCACAACUCUCCACUCCCAAACACACAGGGAAACCCGGGGGAGACGCUACCAUGCCAACGGGACAGAACUCCGCCUUCACUCCUACACACGCCCCUCACCACACCCCCUUGGAUCAGAUACAGGUGGCGGGUAGCCUGCAGGCCCAGGCUCUGUGUUCGUGGACAGCUAAGACAGAGAGCCAUCUGAACUUCAGUAAGGACGAUGUGAUCUGGGUGCUGGAGCAGCAGGACAGCUGGUGGCUGGGGGAGCUCAAUGGGGCGCAAGGCUGGUUCCCCAAAACAUAUGUCACACUCCUGGGAGAGAAUGAAGACACCACCAACUCGAUAAAUUCCCCUCCGGAUGGCUCUGAAGCCACAGAUGCUGCUCAACAGGAAGAGUACGUGGCGCUGUACACCUAUGAGAGCCCAGAGCCUGGCGACCUGACAUUUAGGGAGGGUGAUGUCAUCCUGGUGACCCAGAGAGAGGGAGAGUGGUGGAGUGGAGGCAUCGGAGACCGCACCGGGGUGUUCCCUUCUAACUACGUCAAACCCAAAGAGACAGACACAUCCAGCAACUCCGGAAAGUCAGGUCAGCCUGGGAAGAAACCAGAGAUAGCCCAGGUGAGCACAACAUACACGGCCACGGGGACAGAGCAGCUCAGCCUGGCGCCAGGACAGCUUAUCCUCAUCCUCAGCAAGAACCCCACCGGCUGGUGGCUCGGAGAACUGCAGGCGCGGGGAAAGAAGCGUCAGAAGGGUUGGUUUCCUGCCUCGCACGUCAAAAUGCUGGGAUCCAACAGCGGCAAGUCCACGCCAGCACCUCUACCAGUGUGUCAGGUCAUUGCCAUGUACGACUACAAGGCAGCCAACGAGGACGAAAUGAGCUUCUCCAAGGGUCAACUGAUCAGUGUGUUCGACAAGAACGACCCCGAUUGGUGGAAAGGGGAGGUCAACGGGGUCACCGGUCUGUUCCCAACCAAUUACGUCAAGAUGACCACUGCCGACACCGACCCCAGCCAGCAAUGGUGUGCUGACCUGAACAGUCUAGACUCUAUGAGUCCCCAGGAGAGGAAGAGACAGGGCUACAUCCACGAGCUCCUCCAGACAGAGGAGAGAUAUGUGGAGGACCUCCAGAUAGUCAUGGAGGUGUUCCAUAAGCCCAUGUCUGAGUCGGGCCGUCUGACAGAGGCAGAGAUGGCCAUGAUCUUUGUCAACUGGAAGGAGCUCAUCGCCUGCAACACCAAACUGCUAAAGGCUCUGCGUGUGCGUAAGAAGACGGGGGGUGAGAACAUGCCUGUCCAGGUGAUCGGGGACAUCUUGUCGUCCGAGCUGGCUCACCUCCAGCCUUACAUCCGGUUCUGCUCCUGUCAACUCAACGGAGCUGCUCUGCUACAGAGUAGGACUGACAACCAACAGGACUUUAAAGACUUCCUCAAGAAAAUCGCCACAGACUACCGCUGUAAAGGCAUGCCCUUAUCCAGCUUCCUGCUGAAGCCCAUGCAGAGGAUCACACGCUACCCUCUACACAUCAAAAACAUCCUGGAGAGUACCCAGGAGGACCAUGCAGACCGCAGGCCUUUGAGAGAGGCUCUGGAGCGGGCUGAGGAGCUCUGUUCUCAGGUCAACGAGGGAGUCAGGGAGAAGGAGAAUUCUGACAGGCUGGAGUGGAUACAGUCACAUGUACAGUGUGAGGGAGUCACAGAGAACUUGGUGUUUAACUCUCUGACUAACUGCCUGGGGCCCCGUAAGCUGCUCCACAGUGGGAAGGUGUAUAAGAUUAAGAGCAAUAAGGAGCUGUGGGCUUUCCUCUUUAACGACUUCCUGCUGCUCACCCACGCUGCCAAACAGUUCAGCUCCUCAGGACCGGACAAGCUCUUCAGCACCAAGAACAACACACAGCUCAAGAUGUAUAAACCGCCGGUGUUCCUCAACGAGGUUCUGGUGAAGUUGCCUGACCCCUCCAGUGAAGAGCCCUUCUUCCACAUCUCCCACAUCGACCGAGUCUACAGCCUCAAAACCGAGAACAUCAACGAGAGGACAGCCUGGGUGCAGAAGAUUAAAGCUGCCUCAGAGGACUUCUUAGAGACCGAUAAGAAAAAGAGAGAGAAGGCAUACCAAGCUCGUUCCCUGAAGGCCAGUGGAAUCGGCCGGCUGUUAGUCACCAUCCUGGAGGCCACUGAACUCAAGUCCUGCAAAUCCAACGGUAAGAGUAACCCUUAUUGCGAGGUAACCAUGGGGGCUCAGAUCUACACCUCUAGGACCCUCGGUGACACGGUCAACCCCAAGUGGAACUUCAACUGUCAGUUCAACAUCAGAGAUUUGUACCAGGACGUCCUUUGCAUCACCAUCUUCGAGAGGGACCAGUUCUCCCCUGACGACUUCCUGGGUCGCACGGAGGUUCCCGUGGCGACCAUAAAGAAGGAGUUGGAGAACAAGGGUCCAGCGACGCGCCGUCUGCUCCUCCACGAGGUCCCCACUGGAGAGGUGUGGGUCCGCCUCGACCUGCAGCUCUUUCAAAACAGAGCAUCCAAAUAAGGACCUCUGGGCCAACACUGGACGUCCAAAUAAAGACGUCCUGCAACUCUUCCAAACGAAGGACGCCAAAAUAAGGACAUCCUGGUCUGCCGCCACGCUGGAGGGCCUUGGUAGAAAUUGUAUGUAACUGCUGGUCCUAAUGGUUAAGUUUGGGGAUGCCGGAUCCUAGAUCUGUGGUUAAGUCAGGGCUAACUUUUACCUGGAGCUGCCAUGGGUAACACUAACCACCUGAUGAGCUAAUGGGAAUCCUCCCCUCCCUCAUCGGAGAUCAGACGUUCAGUCCUAAGCACUGAUCUGAAGACAGUUUCUAGCCUUUGAGGUUUGACUGGGAGUAGGCAUGGUUGGGUUAGUGUAAAGCUAAUCCUAGAUCUGUGUUUAGGAGCAGCUUCUAGCAGUAGUGGUUCUUCUUGAACCAGCAAAACACUUAUGGCCUAUGCACUCCUCUGCUACUGACUCUCACUCUGCCAAGUAUGCUUGUUGUAAACUCAACCCAGGCCAAUGUUUGUUGAAACUGUAUUUAUGUCAUUACAGAUAGUCUUAAAUAAAUAAGUAAAUAUUUGUUAAAGCUAAGAUUUUGUUUGGGAAAGUAAUAUGAGGUCAAAUGGAGAGCGGUUGGAAAAGUGUGGUCCUUCUUGCCACAAUAGUUUACCACUGGACAUGAGACUAAUCUCAGGAUUGAAGUCUUCUUCCUUUUGCUGCCAGUCUAUAUUACUGUAUCAAAACCGGCUUCUUUUAUUUUGUCUCAAUCCGUUCAUUUUUCUCUCUUAUUAGUAUAGUAACAUUAAAGAUACAUGUGCAGAGGAUUUUUAAGAUACUGUGGCGACACUGAGAUCUGACUGAGUUUUAAAACGACCGGUCUGUCUGACUCCCUUUAAUGCUUGUUAUACUAGACAACAUACUUCUGCCAUGUGCUCCCUCUCCAAUAUAUGGGUGUUUCAAUGGUAUAGUUUAUUUUGUCUUUGAUCUCUUAUAAAUGUUGGGGAGGUAUUGUUCUUUAAUUGUGGUUUAGUUGCCUCAAAUCCUAAAAGGGAAAAGUCUCUUUUUGUUUCUUCCACUCCCGGGCCCAUAUUCACAGAGGUUCAGAGUAGGAGUGCAGACAUAGGAUCAGUUUUUCCUUUUCGAUCAUAAUGAAUAAGAUGAUAUGGAUAGAGGGGACCUGAUCCUAGAUUAGCACUAGCCUGGUCCCAGAUCUGUUUGUGCUUUUGCCUACUCCAUUGUCAAGCCAAACAUGUUCUGCAUGAUAAUUCGGUUAGGAGUAGGCAAGAGAGCAGAAACCGACUGACACCCAGGCUAGAUCAGCACUUCUACUCUGGGAUACUCAGUGAAUAUGGGCCCAGAUGCCUCCAGUGGCUCUAUAACCAUUAAGUGGUGUGGCUGCAGAUGACUGGUGAGCCAGAGCGGCUCUUAUUGAUUUUAAUUUCUGCAACUAUCCAGAGAUUUUGAACAUCAAAGCAUUGUAUUCAGUGUCUGAAAAAUCUUUCAGUAGCCUUUCAUAUUUUACAAAGGAUUUCCAAGAAUAGUCUUUGAAGGCUAACAUCCCAUUUGAACUAUAUUAUGUAAGUCUUAAGUUUGUAAGACAGGAAGGGAUUAGCUGGACAGCCAAGUAAAGUACCGAUCUAUCAGA